ACAAAAUUUCCGCAUUGGCCAUUUCACUUCACUGGCUCUUUUACCUGCCGGCCGGCCAAUCGCCUUGUAGAAACCGAGGCCUCUCAUUUGUCCAUAUUCAUCGGACUUCAAUUUCACCGCCUUUGAGGAUUCUUCUACAAAUAAACCACCGACACAUUGGCGAAUUGCUUUGGAAAAUGGCGAAGCUAACGAGUUUAGCUUCUGCUUUGCUAUGCCUAUGCGCUUCUCUUUUGCUUUGUUUCAAUGGAAAAGUCUGUGGCGCGUACGUGAAGUACAACACUCGAGCCGGCGUUGUGGCCGGCAAACUGAACGUUCAUUUGGUUCCUCAUUCCCACGACGACGUCGGAUGGUUGAAGACUAUUGAUCAGUACUAUGUUGGAUCAAAUAACACUAUCCAGGGGGCGUGUGUGGAGAAUGUGCUGGAUUCGGUUGUGGAAGCGUUGCUGCGUGAUCCGAAUAGGAAGUUUGUGUUUGCGGAGAUGGCUUUUUUCCAACGAUGGUGGGUAGAACAAAGUGUGGCAACACAAGAAGUAGUGAGAAAUCUUGUAGAUGCUGGACAAUUUGAAUUCAUAAAUGGUGGUUGGUGUAUGCAUGAUGAAGCAACAUGCCAUUACAUAGACAUGAUUGACCAAACAACUCUUGGUCAUCGUGCAAUAAAGGAGCAAUUCAACAAAGCUCCUCGUGCUGGAUGGCAAAUUGAUCCAUUCGGGCACUCUGCUGUACAAGCAUACCUACUUGGGGCCGAGCUUGGGUUCGACUCUGUACAUUUUGCAAGGAUAGAUUAUCAAGACAGAGCAAAACGGAAGGGUGACAAAUCUCUAGAAGUUAUAUGGCGUGCUUCUAAAAAUUUUGGUUCUUCGUCUCAGAUUUUUGCCAAUGCAUUUCCUGUUCAUUAUAGUCCCCCUACUGGUUUCCAUUUUGAAGUGAAUGAUGACUUUGUGCCUGUUCAGGAUAAUCCUUCACUAUUUGACUACAAUGUUGAACAGAGGGUUAAGGAUUUUAUUAAUGCUGCUAUAAACCAAGCAAAUGUCACACGAACAAACCAUAUCAUGUGGACAAUGGGUGAUGAUUUUCGGUACCAAUAUGCCGAGUCUUGGUUCAAGCAAAUGGACAAAUUGAUUCACUAUGUUAACAAGGACGGUCAAGUUAAUGCCUUGUAUUCUACACCAUCUAUCUAUACUGAUGCAAAAAAUGCAGCAAAUGAAUCAUGGCCACUGAAAACUGAUGAUUAUUUCCCGUAUGCAGAUGGGGCAAAUUCUUAUUGGACUGGCUUUUUCACUAGUCGCCCAGCCUUGAAGCGAUAUGUCCGAGUGCUGAGUGGAUAUUAUUUGGCAGCACGACAACUUGAAUUUUUGGCUGGAAAGAGAUCCAAUGGUCCUAACACUUUCAGCCUCGGAGAUGCUUUAGGAAUUGCACAGCACCAUGAUGCUGUCACCGGCACUGCUAAACAACAUACAACAAAUGACUAUGCAAAACGAUUGUUUAUUGGAGCCUCUGAGGCAGAAGGUGUUGUAAAUGCUGCCCUGUCAUGCCUUACUGACAACAAAUCAAGAGAACAAUGUACGGAGACUACAUUUAAAUUUAGUCAGUGUCCUUUACUCAAUAUCAGUUUCUGCCCACCAACAGAGGAAGAUAUUCAGGAAGGAAAGAGUUUGGUUAUAGUAGCGUAUAAUUCUCUUGGAUGGAACCGUACAGACAUUAUUAAGAUACCGGUUAACGAUGCCAAUCUUGUUGUCCAAGAUUCUUCAGGCAAUACCAUUGAAGCACAAUAUGUAGGUUUAGAUAAUGUUACAGGCAACUUAAGAAACUUCUAUACGAGGGCCUACUUGGGGCUGUCAUUAAAACAAGUCCCUAAAUACUGGCUUCUCUUUCAAGCAUCUGUGCCGCCUCUUGGUUGGAGCACGUACUUCAUUUCUAAAGCAUCUGACAAAGGGAAAAGUAGAAAUGGAUUUUUCUCCAUGAUAGACAGUCCACAGAAUGAGACCAUUGAAAUUGGACCUGGAAAUCUGAAGAUGUCAUUUUCUUCAACUUCUGGACAACUGAUACGUAUUUACAAUACUAAAACAGGGGUAAGUUUUUUCACAUUUUACAGAUGGUAG